AUGGUUAGGUUAGGAUUAGGUUGUGAAAUUUUUUAUAGUAAAACACAUCCUGGCAUAAAAAGUUUAUUGAAUACUGAGGGUACUCUAGAUAUAAAUGAACAAUCUCCAUCAUCAUCAUCAUCAUCACCAAGAUCAAAAUUAACUGAAGAUGAAUUAGAACAAAUAUUUAUAAUAAAUGAAUACAUCAAAAAAUACCGUUCAAAACCACCAAUUGAUAGUUCAAUAUCUGAAAAUCGUUUUAAAGAACCAUAA